GUAUAAAUAUCGACAAAUAAUUACGAUAUACUUGGUAUUAUAUAAAAUAUUUUCGAAUAUGCCACCUUAAAAUUUAACCAAUCGAAGCAGAUCGCUACUGCGCAUAUACAAAUUUUCUUUUUGUCAACAUAACCUAAUAAUGUACUGGAUAUAUUUUUAUCUAACCGGUAUUAAAAGAGGUUAUACGAAGUUUAUAUAAAAUAUUCGAUUUUUUAUCUUAAUGUAAACAUAUGUAUUAUAUAUAAAUUAAUAUUAACAAAAAUUGAUAUUUAAUUUCUGUAUAUCAAACGUAUCAGUACUUUCUCAAUAUGGUAUCGUUUUUAACUGAUGUGUUAAUUACAGCAGGGCAAGUUGAGAAGCUCAAUCUUCGGGAAAAAAUUUCUCAAAUACAGGAGGAAAUAGUAAAACUAAAAUAUGAUGUCAAAGAUUUCAUGGAUGAUAAUUAUAUUGAAUUUUCAUCAAAGCUGACAAAAAACCAACGUUUAGUUUCUAAAGCUGAAAUACUUACAAAGGAAAUGAACGAGCUACAGAAAAGAAUAGAUGAUCAGAUCAAAAUAGAAUUAUCUGGUUCCAUAAAGGAAUUACAAAAUCUUUCUCAAGCAUUAAAAGAAUCAAACGUUUGUCUUCACUUAUCUAACCAAUUAUUAUCUCUUAACGAAUGCAUUAAGUCGAUAAACCAAUAUCAAGAAGAACAGCGAUACGUUGAUACUGCUAAAAGUUUAUGCACAAUGCAGAAUUUAUUGGAUAAUCCUGAAAGUGAUUUACAAGAUCUUGAAAUUUAUAAUGCCAUUAAAGAGGAAUAUAAAAAUUUACAUGAUUCAUUUUUAUCUCAUGCUUCUUUGCUUUGGGACGAGCGCAUUUGUUGGACUGGUUUAGAAAAUAAUAAAGAUGAAACGGUCGUUACUCUUCAUAUUAAGGAUAAACUUGAAAACAUAGAAGAUCUAAUUCGUGGUUUACAUUAUGUUAACAAACUUUCUGAUCAUUUAGAUCAAUUUUCAGAAACAAUAAUGAGUCAUAUAAUUCAACCAAUUAUCAAUGAACAUUGCUCAGUUUUUGUUUCAAAAGAAAAUAUAUUCACCAUUGAAUAUAUUGAUAAGAAACAAAUACCAAUUUAUAAAAGUGUCCUGCAUAAUUUAAAAUUAUUAUUUAGAUAUCUUCAUGAACAUUUUAAUGUUAUAAUAGAUGAUAAUCAAACCUUACUUAUGAAGAUGCAGCCUCAUAUGUUAGAACAAUUAACAGAAAGUCUUACAAUGAAUUGCAUAGCUAGAACUAUUCCUAGUUCCAAUACAGAAUUAAAAAAUUUUGAGCCAGUAGUUGAAGAAACUAAUGAGUUUCAAAGUUAUCUAGUAGAAAUAGGUUUCAUCACAGAAGAAAAAUUAUUCUUAAAAGAAUACACUGAUAAUAUCGAUAAGCUUUUUAUUGAUAAAAUAUGUCAAGAUUUAAUGGUAAAAGCAAAAAAUAUUAUCAGGAAAGAUCUUCAUGAUUCAAUAAAACACAUACCAGAGACUCCAUUAAAAUUUCCAAAUGAUGAAUUAGAAAAUGAAGAUAUAUCAAUUCAUAGAUACUUAAAUGAAUCUUCUUUUCAAUUACCAACUUGUCAAAUAAGCAAAAGUGCAAAAGAAAUACUAGAUCUUGCAAAGAGUAUUUUGGAUGAGGCUUGUGACAGUUCAGAUGCCUCUGCAGUCAGAUUGUUUUAUACAUGUAGAAAUGUAUUUGAAAUGUAUGCAGGAUUAGUACCUGAACAUCACAAAAAAUUUUUGGAAACAAUACCACAACAAGUCGCUCUAUUCCACAACAACUGUAUGUAUCUUGCACACCAUCUACUUACAUUGGCACACGAAUACAGAGAUAAAUUGCCAGAAUCAUUGCAACAGCUUAACUUAACGUUUACUGAUCAAACGCUGAUACUACGCAACGUGGGUUCUGAAUGUUUUCUAGAGCACAUGAGAUACCAAAGAGAUAUUAUUAUAGAUAUCCUCAAAGAGUCAGGUUUAGCAGCACUAGGUCAAGUUUCUGAAUUACCUUCGUCUACUGAACGUGCAUUGAGACAGUGCAUCAGACAAUUAGAAUUGUUGAAGACUGUCUGGUUAGAUGUUCUACCUAUCAAUAUCUAUUGUAGAGCUGUAGGAUGCAUCGCUAAUUCUAUGGUCGAAGAUUUAAUAUUAAGAGUUACAUCUGUUGAAGACAUACCUGCUGAUGUAGCUUCUGACUUAGUGAUAAUGUUUAAUACAGUAGCAACACGUGCACCAAUGAUAUUUCCAGAAUCCGAGGAGAUAGCACAGUAUGUACGAAAAUGGAGAAAAUUCUUAGAACUUAUUAAAGUUCUUGGUGCAUCAUUAAAAGAGAUCGAGAUUAGAUGGGCAAGUGGGAAAGGUCCUCUUGCAAAAGAAUUUACAGCUAUUCAAGUAAAACAACUUAUUAGAGCAUUAUUUCAAAAUACAGAAAGAAGAUCAAUUCUCUUAGCUUCUAUUAAGUAAUACAAUACUGUAUUGAUAUGUUAUUAAUAACCAGUGGAGAAAGAAAAUUUAUUUGUAUUCUAUGCAUUUCAUCUUACUUAACAAAUAAUUUCUUUUUUAAUACUUUCCUUCAUCUGAUUUUUUUUUUUUUUUUAUUUUAAUAAUUUGAUAUGUAUAUUUUUUUGUUUCCCUAUAGUUAUACAUAGUAACGGAAUUAAAAACGCUACGAAACGCUUCGAAUGUGUAUAUGUGUGUAUAUAUAUAUAUAUAUUUGUGUGACAAAAAAUUCGAGAUUUAAAUUUGUUUACAUAAAUCUUUAAGUCUUCAUACAUCUCAAGUUUUU